GCACGUAUUUGUUUGCAACCCUUUCGACACGAGCAUUUUCUCUUGUCGUUUUGUGCAGACGUCGGUCCAGAACUUUUGUACGACCGAUUCAUUUCACGAGGCCUCCCACGCAAGGAAAACCAAAUUUUCAGCGAAACUUCCUAAAGAACAACCCCGUUCAACAUGCCGAAGAAUAAGGGAAAGGGAGGUAAAAAUCGUCGUAGGGGAAAGAACGAGAACGAAACUGAAAAGCGUGAGUUGGUGUUCAAAGAGGAUGGACAGGAAUACGCACAAGUAACAAAAAUGUUGGGUAAUGGACGGUUGGAGGCUAUGUGCUUCGAUGGAGUCAAACGACUGUGUCACAUUCGUGGUAAACUUAGAAAGAAGGUGUGGAUCAAUCAAGGUGAUAUUAUUUUGAUUGGUUUGAGGGACUAUCAAGAUGCUAAAGCUGAUGUCAUCCUGAAAUACACGCCAGAUGAAGCGCGCAAUUUGAAGACAUAUGGUGAAUUCCCAGAGACUGUGCGCAUCAACGACACCGUUACAUUCGUUGAAGACGGCUUUGACGAGGACAUCGAAUUCGGCGACGAAAUCAGUUCAGCUGACGAAGCUGAUCCUGUCGAUGCCAUAUGAUGCUGUGUGAGUACAAUACCGUAUAAUAAUAUUCUUCAAAAAUUGUCUAAAACAAGUUUCCAACGUCAAAGCGAUCCCCAACUCGUAUCAAUAGAAAAUAAUAUUAUAUCCGAAAAAAACAAUAAUAGAAGAAAUAUAUAUGUUAUAUGAAACGUUGCUAAUGUUGGUGUCUUCCCAGAGAAAUCAGUAUUCGAAGGUACCAAAGUUUGGCAACAGUAUACAUAAAGUAGCUAGAA